GCAAGACGCCGUGUUUCAGGCGCAGACACGGCGUGCCGCUACACGAAUUGCAACGGCCUGGGCUGGCGCCAAGGCUCAAUUGUGCAAUGCUCCGUGAUCCACGGUCCAAUCACGAGCGCGAUAGCAGAAAUCCGCAAAUUUCCCCAAGCUCGUACCCCGGGCGAUCUUCUAUGCGCACCGUUGAUAAACACUCGGGUCCCCAGGCUUGCCUUCACUCUCACACAGCCUCGUGCUUACAUUGACGUGUUUUUCUUGUUUGGAUUCCCUCUUUCUCUCUUUAUCACACUCCUUCCACUCAACAGCAAAAAUGCGCGUUUCAGCCGCACUCAGCAUCGCCGCGACGCUCGGCUGCACGGCCGCUCAGGGCAGCAUUUUGGGAUUCAACGCUGGUGCCUCUGACGACAAGGGCAAUGCGAAGAGCCAACAGGACUUCGAGCGCGAGUUCAAGACUGCGAAGAGCCUGAGCGGUGCGCCUGGCGAGUUCAACACAAUCCGCUUGUACUCCAACGUCCAGUGGCAGACUACGAACACGCCGAUUGCUGCCUUCCCCGCUGCUAUUGCGACGAACACGAGCCUCCUCCUCGGCAUUUGGGCAUCUGGCACGGAGAACAUCGACAACGAGCUGACUGCGCUCACAACAGCUCUCAAGGAGCACGGUUCGAAGCUUGCGGAUUUGGUGGUGGGUAUCUCGGUCGGUAGUGAAGAUCUGUACCGUGUCUCGGAGCCCGGUCUGCGCAACAACGCUGGAGUUGGCCAGGAGGCUGACACUAUCGUGCGCUUCAUCAAAGACGCCAAGUCGGCCCUCGCAAACACAGCCCUCAAAGGAAAGCCUUUCACCCAUGUUGACACCUGGACCGCCUGGGUCAAUGGUUCGAACAAGGCUGUCAUCGAUGAAAUCGACUUUCUUGCUGUCAACGCCUUCCCCUUCUACGAGUCCGAGCACGACAACAAGAUUGGCAGCGCAGGGAGCCUGCUGAAUGCCGCCAUCAACGCCACCGAGAGCGUCGCUGGCGAUAAGGAUGUCUGGAUCACUGAGACCGGCUGGGCGUACACCGGACCCUCCUUCGGCGCUGCUGAGGCCACGGUCGAUAACGCAGGCGAGUACUGGCAGGAUGUUGGCUGCAAGUUGUUCGGCAAGCGCAACGUCUUCUGGUAUACGCUCCGUGACGCCAACCCUGACAAUAAGGUCAAGUUCGCCAUCACCGACAACCUCAGCACCACACCUCGCUACAACCUGACCUGCCCGGCCGUGAGCGAAGAGCUGCCCGCACCUGCUCCGAUCAGCAGCAACUCGACUACUGCGACAGGCAACGGCACUGGCAGCAGCAACGAGACCAACAGCGACAGCACCUCCAGCGGCUCUGCCAGCGGCUCUGCUAGUGGUUCAGCCAGCCCUGCCGCUACGGGUCCUGCCCAAGGCUCAGGAUCCUUGACUUCGGUCUCCUUCGUCAACUCCAUGACUGUCGCGCUCUCCGUCGUCUUUGCUGCUGCGGCAUGGGCGUUGUAGAUGUCGUACUGUCCUGCCUUGCUUCUAGAUUUCCUUCAUCAGUGUAACAUUAGCAUAUAGCGUUUGGCUUGCCGUAAUCAAUCAUCCUCAGCCCAGUGCUGCAACUACUUGGUCAGUCAAAGGGAAUCUUGUUCCCACUUCCCUUUUUGGUCUUGAAUACACAUCUUAUCCGUGAAAAAUUGAUUGUACGAGCGAGUGGAAUGUAGCAGAGAUGCAGUGAAGUGGGACGAAGGUACAAGCUGAACGGAA